AAUUUCUCCCUGUCUACUAUCUCUCUCUAAUGUAAAAUCUCUACAGCAACAAGGAAGGUGCAGCCGCCCUUUCUCCAUCUCUCUCUCUCAGCUCCAUUUCUCUCCAUCUUUCGAUUCUAUCAACAUCCAGUAAUGGUGGAAGUCUACAGAUGCAGAGGCAACUCCAUAGAAUGGAAGCCAUCCGCUGUGGUGGCUUUAGCAACGAGUCCCGAUGACUCUCAAGUCGCCGCUGCUAGAGAAGAUGGUUCUCUCGAAAUUUGGCUUGUUUCUCCUGGUUCCGUGGGAUGGCAUUGUCAACUGACAAUACACGGGGAUGGAAAUUCUAGGGUGUCGUCUAUUGUGUGGUGCAGUUUGGGUUCUAGAGGUGGCCGUUUGUUUUCUUCCAGUAUUGAUGGAUCUAUAUCGGAAUGGGACUUAUUUGAAUUGAAGCAGAAGAUUUUGUUGGAUUCCAUUGAGGUUUCAGUAUGGCAGUUAGCUAUAGAACCUUGCAGAACAUCCCCAGAUCAUUCAGCUUCUGAGCCCCCAGAAAUUGAGAACGGUCAUGCUAGUGAGAGAUAUAGUGAGAGUGAAGAUGAUGAUGACCUAGUGGAACCUCAUGACCUUUCUGUAGAGAGCACACGUGUAGCACUUGCUUGUGAUGAUGGAAGCAUCAGACUUUACAAUAUUUUGGACUCGGAUAAGUUAAUAUAUGAUAAAACAUUUGGGAGAGUUAGUGGUCGUACAUUGAGUGUGACUUGGAGUCCUGAUGGUAAUAGAAUAUAUUCAGGAAGUAGUGAUGGGUUCAUCAGAUGUUGGGAUGUUAAAUUUGGUCAUGAAGUCUACAGAAUGACAGUUGGGCUUGGUGGCACUGGUAGUGGACCUGAGAUUUGUGUAUGGUCAUUGCUAGCUCUUAGGUGUGGGACUAUUGUUAGUUCUGAUAGUGGAGGUAAUGUUCAAUUUUGGGAUAGUCAACAUGGCACUCUUUUGCAGGCUCAUUCUUCUCACAAGGGGGAUGUCAAUGCCCUAGCAACUGUUCCUAAUCAUAACAUAGUAUUUUCUGCUGGUUCCGAUGGCCAGGUUGUCCUAUACAAACUUUCAAAUAAUUCUGUUCAUAACAGUGAUGAUAAAAGGGAUUCUGUAAUUAUAAAGAAAUGGGUCUAUGUUGGUCAUGUCAGAGCUCAUACACAUGAUGUAAGAGCUUUAACCAUUGCAAUACCAAUCAGCAAAGAAGAUGUAUUGAUUGAUGAAAAUCCAAAAAGAAUGCGAACUAAUAAGAAGCCCAUUGAUUUUAGUUACAAUAAGUGGGCCCAUUUGGGAGUUCCAAUGCUUAUCUCCGGUGGUGAUGAUACUAAACUCUUUGCUUAUUCUGCCAAGGAAUUCACCAAAUUCUCGCCACAUGAUGUCUGUCCUGCCCCCCAACGAUUACCCAUACAAGUGGUGCUCAAUGAUGCUCAAACUAAAACUAAAACUCCUUUGCUUCUAGUUCAAGCUUCAAAUAUGCUUGAUAUAUUAUGUGUUCGAACUAAAAGCCAUAAUAUUAAUGGUAUCAGUACUGUUCCUUCUGGUGGGGUUGCAACAACAGAACUAUUGGCCCGAAUUAAAACUAAGGAAUCACGGAAAAUUAUCACCAGCUGCAUAUCACAAUCAGGAUCAUUUAUUGCAUACUCAGAUCAUGUGAAACCUGGAUUGUUUGAGUUAGAAAAGGGUAAAUUUGGAAGAAGUGCGUGGAAUGUUAAAAAAAGGCCGCUUCCAUCUGAACUACCAUCUGCUCAUUCCAUGGCUUUCAGCUUUGACUCUUCUAGGCUAAUGAUAGCUGGUCAAGAUCGAUUGAUAUAUGUUGUGGAUGUGGUAAGUUCAGAAGUAGUUAAUGUCUUUACUCCAUGCCGUGGGGAGUACAAUGAGAAAAUGCCACCAAAUGAGCCUCCCAUUACCAAAAUGUUUACGAGUGCAGAUGGGCAGUGGCUAGCUGCUGUUAACUGUUUUGGCGACAUAUAUGUGUUUAACUUGGAGAUUGAAAGACAACAUUGGUUCAUAUCUAGAUUGGUCGGAGCAUCUGUAACAGCUGGUGGUUUUACUCCUCGUAACAACAAUAUUCUUAUUAUCUCAACUUCAUCAAACCAAGUUUAUGCGUUUGACGUGGAGGCCAAAAAAUUGGGCGAUUGGUCUUUGCAUAACACAUUUACUCUGCCUAGAAGAUUUCAAGAAUUUCCGGGUGAGGUCAUUGGUCUCUCAUUCCCUCCUUCAUCAAAUUCGUCGUCGGUUGUUAUCUACAGUGCAAGGGCCAUGUGCUUGAUAGACUUUGGUUUGCCAAUUGAUCGAGAAGAAGACGAUGAUAAGCCAACUAAUGAUCACGAUUCAUCGCUAAAGAAGUUCCCUAUAAAUGGGAACCUGAAACGUAAGUUCACGACCCAUGAAAUAGUAGACGCUAAACACAACAGUAGAAAAAAUUUCGAGUUUUGCGCCUUUAGGGAUCCUGUUCUAUUUGCUGGUCAUCUUUCAAAGAAUUCUUUGUUGGUCAUAGACAAACCAUGGAUGAACGUGCUUAAAACCUUCGAUACUAAUCCUGUUGACAGACACAUAUAUGGAUCAUAAAUACUCUAAUAGAAAUGGGUCGAGUUUUCCCUCCCCGAAUAUGGAGGGAGUAACUCACACUUUUGUUUCCGAAUUAAAAGAAGUCUUAGGGUUGUUAUCUAGAGCUUGUUGUAAUGUAUUUCCUUUAUAACUUAUAUUUCAUUCAUGAAUUGAAAAUUUUGUUUCCCUCA